GGCCCGUACGGCUCGCAGGACUCGGUGCACAGCAGUCCCGAGGACGCCGGCGGCGGCAGGGACCGGCCGCCGGGCGGGGGCCCCGGCGGGCCGCGCCUGGUCAUCGGCUCCUUGCCAGCUCACCUCUCGCCGCACAUGUUUGGAGGAUUUAAGUGCCCUGUAUGCUCAAAAUUUGUACCCUCAGAUGAAAUGGACUUGCAUCUUGUGAUGUGUUUAACAAAGCCAAGAAUAACUUAUAAUGAGGAUGUACUGAGUAAAGAUGCUGGGGAAUGUGCAAUAUGCCUGGAAGAGCUGCAGCAGGGAGAUACGAUAGCACGACUGCCCUGUCUGUGCAUAUAUCAUAAAGGCUGCAUAGAUGAAUGGUUUGAAGUAAAUAGAUCUUGCCCUGAGCACCCUUCAGAUUAA